CAUUCGCUUUCACCCCCGACCACCACACGCUGUACCAACGACGUCUUUUGUGGAACGCGACCCGAUCGACCUGUAGAUAUCACGCCACGCCACGCCACGCCACGCUUUCUGCCAUCUGUGACCUUCAUGCGACCAUAGACGUGGGCCAGGAGCAGUGGUCGCGACCAUCGCAUUGCCGCGCCAUACAGCACAAAACACACUGCCCCAGCUGAGCAUAUAGCACACAGCACGCACCACACCACCUCUAUGCCGAAGGGACUGAACCUGAAGGCAUUUGGACGGCGCAAGUCCUCAGGCAACGCCUUGGACCUUGGGCUCCCGGCCGACGCGGGUGGAACUGCCCCGUCAGAACAGUCCAGCUUUCGCGUGCUCGAGAGGCAAGACAAGAAAUCCGUUUCAUACAACAAUGAGAAGCCGCAUCGCCCCUUCGCUUCGCCGCUGAACACGCUGCGAGGAAAGUCGGUCGACGAUCUGGGACGCGCGCCGAAAGCGUCUGCGGGCACAUCGACAAGGAACCAUUCCGCCUGGCCGCUCAACGCCGCUAGAGGCAGCGGCGGCACCACCAACUCAGGCUCAAGUGGCUUCUACGAGAGCUCCGGCGCCUCGGCAAGACACAGUUCGACUUCCACCCUGCCCAGCAGCCUGGACCAGGACAAGACUCCUGAGGACGACGACCUGUACCCCGUGCGCAAAACCCACACCACCACGGGCAUGUAUCGGACAGUGCCUCCCAAUGCAGACGAGCCUCCACCCCCGCCAAAGUUCACUUCCAGAGCAUUGAGGACCUUCUCCUUCGGAAACAAGCACAAUCGAGGAGCAUCCAGGGAUAACGAUGUGCCUCCGCUUCCUCCACUACACAUUGACUCCGCUCCCUCCCUUCCACCUCUACCCAUGCAGCCAACGCGCUCUCACAGCCCCUUCAGAGAGCGAGCGAUGACGAACAGCAGCUACGCCAGCACCGCCGUGCCACCGAGAACCGAGCUUAGAUUGGACGAUCCGGACUUCGGCAACGACGACUUCGGCAGCAUGUUUGAAAGUCUCAAGAAGGAGCCAGCGUGGGAACCGUCACCAAUAAACACCUUCCACAGAACGGAAUCCGAACCCAUGUAUCCGCCAAGGACACAUUCCCGGAAUGCCCUCACCCCAUCACCGAAUCCUCAAAACAUUUCGCGCAAGAACAGCAACUCACCCUAUUCUUGUGACGAUGAGAGCUCCAACGAUGGUCUCCUCCACAGUCCAGCUCUCAGUUCUCCUGCGCUUCCGGACGGCGGUCCGAGCGGAACCGUUAGAAAUGGAAUUACCCAAGCUUUCCUUGGCAGUUCCAAGUCUGGUUACUCGCGCGUUCCUGAACGCUACACUUCUCCUGGCCCCGAACACGAUUCACAAGAAAGCCUCUCAGGCUUAAUGAUUGGCAAGCCCAAGGAGAAAGAGCGUGCAUAUCCAAACCGACAAGCACACGUCGAGGAUGAAGAUCGUUGGGUGAGAAAGGUUGAGUUGAGAGAUGGGCCUAGCCCACAAUUGUCAACCUCCUCGAACAAACUCUCUGCCUCGAGUACGGGCAAGCAAUCACUAGCCGGACCUUCUCGCGGUGGUGCUAUUUCACCUAGCUCCGCCGGAGACUCUGCUCUUCUUGAGUCUAACACUACUACACCACGAGCCGCUAGGAAACUCAACGUUUCUAGCGAGCACUCGAUGUUCGAUUCAUCCCCCAGUGCGCCAGCGUCUCGGGCCAUCGGGCCAGGCGCUGGCCAUCAGCGAACCGAAAGCGGUACUAUCAAGAAGAUGACGAAAGCACAGUUCAACGCACUGCAGAGGCAAAAUGAGAGCAGUGCGGAGCAAAGCGAAGAGGAGGAACAUUCUGGCGAUGAGUAUGAUGACGAUGAUGAGAUUGAGCGUGCAAGAAAGAUGGCAUCACAAAGACAGAAGCAGGAAGCCAACAUGUCGGUGUAUCGUCAGCAGAUGAAGAAAGUGACGGGUGGAGGACCGACUGACUUGCCGUCGUCAACAGCUUCGACUGUGCGACCUGGGCUGGAUCAAAGAUCGAGCUCAGCAUCUGUCAAUGGUGGUGGCAUCGGCCUACACUUUGGCGGCAUCGGCGGCGCUCCACCUGAGGCCACCCAACGCGGUAGGGAGGACGAGGACGAGGAUGACGAUGUCCCGCUUGGUAUCCUCCAAGCACAUGGCUUCCCGAGCAGCAGCAGGCCGCCAACUCAACAGGGCGAGAAUGAUCUUGCGCACCAGCGAAGAACAUCUGCUUCUGGAUCGACAGUGGUUGGCGGAGGCGCUGGGCAAGGUAAUCUGCCACCUUUCGCCCGCCGUCUCCCCGCCGAUCCAUACUUCGGUGCUGGCCUCGUGAACGCAAGCACACGAGAGUCUCUAGCCAUGAAUGGCUCGGGCGCUUCUGUUGUCGGAGUGCCUCCAUCAGCACCACUGCACCCGAUGCAGCAGCAGAUGCCACCGUCGAUGCCGCAACCGGCUCCAAUGGGUCACCCUGGUGGUCUUGUGGGUGUCAUCGCUGGAGAGGAGCGAGCGAGAGCCGCACGCAGAGGCAGCCCCAACCCUGCCGUUUUGAUGGGACAGAACAUGCCGCUGCCAUCCAACAUGAACAUGCCACCGAUGCCCCGCACCAUGUCGAUGGGUAAUCUUCCGCCAUCAUCUGUUCACAAUCCCAGCGGCUACCCUCCAAUGCCUCCAAUGCCUCUAAUGCCACAGAUGGGCAUACCGGGAAUGAUGCCAAUGCAAAUGCCGCAGCAGCAAGAUCCUGGUUCGCAGCAAAUGCAGCAACUCAUGCAGAUGCAGAUGCAGAUGAUGCAGAACAUGCUCACCAUGCAGCAGAUGCAAAUGGGUCAGCCUGGAUCACCGUCGCCACAGGUACAGACACCUCAACAGCAGCAACAGACCGGAGACUACCUCGGCGUUAACUUCAACCAACAGAACCGUCGAAUGUCGAUGGCCAGUCACGCUUCGAAUCAAAUUGGCCCACCUGCCAGCUUGGCCAACCAAGGUCGUUCCAUGACGAUGAUGAGCCCGCCCUCUGGCUGGGGAAGUGCAGCCAACCCCAGUGGUCCCAGGCCGAACAGUGCCAUGCCAUUAUUAAAUGGCUAUGCGCCAUCCGUCCAAGGGUUGAACCUUCCAGGCGGCGCUCCCGCGAAUGGGUACGCUCCGUCGAUAGCGCCCAGCGAAAGAAGCAAUAUCGGCCAGCCGUCACGCUAUCGCCCUGUCGCACAAACUGGAGGGGGAUCAAGAACGCAGAGCAUGACUUCGAACCUCACACUUCAGGCCUUCCAGAAGCAACAGACCUCGCCAAACUUGCCGGGAACCCCAUUCAAUGCCAAGGAGGUGCAGACUCCUAAGCAGACCAUCCGCAUUGUGGACAAGCCGAAAGGCGCACCAAAAGUAGCUGCGCGACCGACGGACGAUGAUGACGACGAUGGGUGGGCAGCUAUGAAGAAAUCUCGCGAACAAAAGAAGAAGUCCAAGUGGGGCUUCAAGAAGGAAAAGUCUGCGAGUCACUCUACAAACGAGCCCGCAUUGAGCGAAAUAUACACGAAUCUGGACUAGGAGCCUGACACACCACGCCGAGCGGAGUCACGAUUGUCCUCCGCACAGAGCGUUUUACGAAGCAUAUCUCAUCGCAGCGACCGAGAAAAGGACACUGGUCCUGAGCAUGUCACAUCUUUCGAGACUGGAUAGCCGAACGCGGCUUUUCGUGAACCUACAUACUAAUUUGACCUACUUCAUUGUGUAUAAGUGAAAGCAUUGCGAUGGAUACAAAAGGGGAGGGGAUCUUUUGGAUAACGCACCUGCCCUGCUACGCAUCAGGCUAGAGUCGGUGGCGUAAUGUGCUUUGUCGGAAAAGGGAUCUUGACAUACGAGGACAGGACGUAUGCUUCUACUAUUGUUAAAAGCAGCAUUGUUAGGGUGGAUCGACCGUGGCAUGCUAGAUACUGUGUUAAUACAUUAGUUUGCAAAG